AUGAAUGAUGUACAAAGACAAAGAUAUAAUAGACAUAGAGGUCUAUUAACUGAUACAGAUGAAUCUAGGGAGCGGAGAAAUGACCGUUUGAAACAACACCGAACUCAAACCAAACUAUCUACAAUCAUGUCUGCAAGAGGCUUGUUGAUCAAUCCACUAGAGUUUCAAGUCAUAGAGAAUAAUAAUAAUAAUAAUAAUAAUAACAAUGGUCAAGAUAGAUUGAUUGGUGAUGAUACCAACAACGCUACUCGAGUUAGUGGUGGUGUAUUGUCAGUAUUGGAAAAUGAUGAUGGUCAAAAGAGAACUCUAUUAAUUCAAAAUACAAUUAAUUGGAUUAAAUUUGAACAUAAUGCAGGUAAUACAAAAGGAGCAAUUGAAAGAUUAAGAUAUCUUUUAUCAUUUCCAUUUGAUUCAGUGUUGCAUUUGAAUAUUAAUACAAACAAUGAUCAAUGGUUUGAAGGAUUGGUCAUAAAGAUGGUGUGUCAAGAUGAACAUAUUCUAUUAUUCAUGUUUCAGUGUAUUGCUAAUCAUUCAGCUUGCGACGAGUCGAUUACUUUAGAAGCAUGUUGGUGUAUAACCAAUUUAGCUGCAUCAUCAAAUGAGAUGGUCGUAUCGAAAAUGUUGUCAGCAUCUCCUUACCUCAUUCAAUACCUUACUUGUAGGAAUGCAUUGCUACAAGAACAAAGUAUGUGGGCACUUGGAAACCUAGCAAAAGAAAGUACAAACAAUCGAGAUAUUCUAUGUUCACAAGGAAUUAUUCCUCCUCUAUUACAUAUAUUUAAUAAUUUAAAUUCAAAAAACUCACAAUUUAUAGUAACAUGUUGUUUUACAAUUCAUGCAAUAUUAUUUCCUGGUAAACUAAAUAAUUCAACAUUGACAGAUCGUAUCAAACAAAUAGAUGUAGUAGUGUUGGAGACAUUACUUAAAAAUAAUCUAAUCGAUGGUAUACAAAAACAUUUAGUGUCAUCAUCUAUAGACAAUGAAGCCAAAAGAGAAUUAUUAUGGUUAGUUUGUGAUUUGGCUUCACUUCCAAUGGUUCACGUAUUCUUUGAUUCAAUUUAUAUUAAAUUGAUUGAAGGAAUUAAUAUAAUUUAUAAUGUUUUAAAUACUGCUGCUGCUGCUGCUGAUACAUUUGAUGAAUCUGAAUAUGGAUUAAUAUUUUUAUAUUAUAUUAGGACAUUGGGACACUUGUAUUCAAAUGAAAAAUUGGCAUUUCAUCUUUUAAAUACAAUGGAGCAUAUAUUAUCACUUUCAAAAUCACCUCAAAUUAUAAAAGAAACUAUUUAUUUAUUAAGUAAUAUUACUAGUUUGGAUUAUAAAACAAUUGGUCCACUUGCGCAACACGAACAACAACCAUCAUCAUUUUCACGUAUUUUUAUCAAUAAUGGAUGCGUUCCUAUACUCUUUCAAUCCUAUUUUCGACAUCCACCUUCGAUCCAAUGUCAACUGUUGUAUCUCUACAAUAAUCUAUAUUGUGAACAAUCUUUUGACAGUAUUUUUGUAGAUUGGUUUGGUUCCAUUCCAGAUACUUUCAGUGAAGUAAUGUUCGUGCACAUCGAAGGGGCGAUCGCCUUCCGAAAAGGUUUUCUUCAAUCUUUUGCUUGGGCGGGUGUCAUUUGGAGUAGUAACAAACAUUUGUAUUCAGAUUCAGAUGGUCAAACAUUUUCCACUUCAGAGGCUGCAAGAAAGGCUUGUGAAAAUACAUAUUAUUCACAUGAUGGAAUAAUUGAAUGGGGGUAUUUAGCAACCAUUACAUCUCAAGCAGAAAUGACCUUUGUAUUAUCAAAUAUUGUAUCUGGUACUAGUGCUUGGAUCAGUGGCUCUGACGAUAAGGAACAAGGUAUUUGGAGAUAUAAUACUGGACCGGAGAUCGGAGAAUACUACUAUGACGUUUUCAAUGAAAAAUGUUAUACCUAUUGUCCAAUGAACGAUGCUGCCUUUUCCUUUGCCGAUGGCAAUGGUUUGGUUGUCAGUACAGCAGGUCUAAUUACCAACAAGGGAUCUGGUACAUUGUACAAGGUGGUUUGUGAAUUUGGAGGUCUUGAAUCCAAAAACGUACCUCGUUUAACACCCAUCUCUCAGCCAACCCAAGGUGGGUAUGUAUUGAUCGAAGCCCUUUCCAAUGGAUUCAAUACCACACCUGCAACAGUGACCAUUGCACCUGCUGGUGACACUAUCUACUACAGUCCAUCGGUUAGAACCUAUCCUACGUUGGUCGAGGCAUAUGUCAAGCCUGGUAACGGCGGUCCUAUGACUAUUGCCAUUACUAGUGGUGCCACAACCAUCUCUCUGCCAUCAGCCUUCCAGCCACCACAUCUUAGGGCUGUCUACCCAGUGUUUACAGCUGGUCAGCUCGUCACAUUGGUCGGUAACAACUUUGGUAUGACUGCCUCUUGGCUCACUGUCACUAUUGGUACAGCCAACACUGCCUGUAACAGCAUAGUCAUACUCGAAGCACACAACAUGUUUACAUGUACGCUCACAGCCACUCUUGGCACCAACAAAUUCCUCCCCGUCACCAUUACUCUUGGUGGGCACACCAAAAAGUUCUUCCAUCCCGCUCUCUACUAUCCCUCCUCUGGUUACUUUGUCAAGGCGUUCUCUGUUCCAAUGAUUCCAGACAUUGCAUUCUUCCGUACCACCGACCGAUUCCAGUUGUACGGCCAAAUUGGCAGAGUUACCUCGGUUACAAGCACAGCCUUGAGAACAUUCCUCCAAAACACACUCGCCAGUACCAUCACCUGGAAACUAUGGCAAAACUACUUUGCAACAGACAAUACCUUGGUCACUCUUGUCGGCACGUCGGUUGGUGCAUUUGCAAGUGACGUAGGUUACUACUCUUCAAAUGUUCCAGAUGCAACGGCCGAUGGAUGUAAAAGAUUCCUUUUUACUCUAUCCACAAGUGUAACUAGUAUUGCCAAUCAAGCAGAUGAAGGUUAUCUUUUAUUAGCUUUUAAUAAUAAUCCAACAUUUAUUAAAAGUGAUAGAUUAGAUUCAUUUGAAACAUCAUAUAAUUGUCCAACAUCUGGAUGUUCGAUUGCAUUCCCAAUGACCAACUAUGGUUUGUGGAAUAGUGAGAUUGUAUUUACUGCCAUGGGAGUAAAUAUCACUGAUUUCAAACAGAAUGGUGAUCGAUUCUUUGUUACUCUACCACCUGGAUACGGUAACACUAGACUCAGAGCAAUUAUUGAUAAUCGUAAUCCCUUUAAUUCGUUGCCAAUCAGCUAUGAUCCUCCAACAAUUGAUACUGUAGUGAUUGACUCUGGAUAUGCUACCAUCACUGGUAAUAAUUUCUAUUCAAGCUCAUCUCUUGUAUCUGUCACUGUAGGUGCCGCCGCUUGCACAUCCCCAUCGUUUUUAACCCCACACACCGUCAUUCAAUGUGUUAUACCAGCCGAUCCAACCCUUUCAACCUAUGUCACCAUUGCUGGUACACAAUCCAACUCUGUGACACCAACUCUUGCUGCACCAAAAGUAACAUCGGUAUCAUCUGCAGUCUCUAUUUUCGGUGGAUUGAUUACCAUUAAUGGUUUCAAUUUCUAUUCAACUGCAUCAGCUGUAUCUGUUACAGUUGGUGGAAUUGCUUGUUCAUCAGUCUCCAUUGUCGUCGCCAAUACUCAAAUCUCUUGUAUUGCACCAGCUUCAUCAGGUUCAAAGGCUGUUGUCGUCACAGUAUCUACUCGUGUAUCCAACUCUGACGUCCUUGCUGUCUAUCAACCACCUACCAUUUCAUCGGUCACUCAAACUGCAUCGAAUACUAUUUCAAUUGCCGGAAGUGGGUUUGGAACUACUGCAUCUGUUCUAUCAAUCACUCUUGGAGCAUCGACCAUUUCCAAUACACUUUGUACAGCUGCCAGCACAUCUGUUAUUUGUUCGAGUCUCCCAACCACAUUGAUCAAUGGAUUAAUUUCAAUUUCUGGAUCCAAUCAAAUUGCAUUUAAAUUUACACCAACUGUCACCACCAAUACACUUUCAACAACACCACAAAGUACCAUCACAAUCAAUGGUAAUCACUUUGAUUCACUCACACCAACAUUUGGAGGAUCAUCAAUCACAUGCACUGGUACCUAUACUCAAUUAGUUUGUACAUUCCUACCAAACUCAGUGUCGGGAACAUUAAAUCUCUCACCAUCAGUAUCAACAUUGGUUACAUUUGAUCCAUUUGUACAAUCAAUGAAUCCAUCAACUGUUCCAACAAGUGGUUCGACGGUUAUUGUUCAAGGUGGACAUUUUGAAAACCACUCUGGUUAUACACUCUCAGUACUACUUGGAGGAUCAACUCCACUGACAUUCACCAAACUCGAUCUUGAUUUAUUGUCAGUUGUAAUCCCUGCUGGAUAUGGUAACUCAAAGUACAUCAAUGUCCAAGUAAAUUCAAAGAUUUCAGCACCAAACUUUUCAUUUGGCUAUGCCACUCCAUCGAUCAGCACUGUCUUUGUUGAAGAAGGGUAUGUCACCAUCACUGGUUCCAAUUUCUUUACCAGCUCCUCUCUUGUAUCUGUCACUGUUGGUGCUGCAGCCUGCACAUCACCUACCAUUUUGACUGCUCACACUGUCAUCCGUUGUGUUGCUCCAGCCAAUCCAAGUCUAUCAACCUAUGUCACCGUCUCUGGUACACAAUCCAACUCUGUUACACCAACUCUUGCUGCACCAAAGGUAACUUCGGCUACCCUUGUUCCAUUCUUUGGUGGGCUAGUGACUAUAAGUGGUACAAAUUUCUAUGGUACCUCAUCGUCUGUUUCAGUUACUGUCGGAGGUAUUGCAUGCACGUCAGUCUCUAUUGUCACCGUCAAUACCCAAAUCUCAUGUACUGUACCAGCUUCAUCGGGUUCUAAAGCAAUCAUUGUCACUGCAUUUGGUUUGACUUCAAACUCUGAUUCAUCUGUCGUUUAUCAACCACCAACCAUUUCAUCGGUCACCCAAACUGCAGCAAAUACCAUUUCAAUUGCCGGAAGUGGGUUUGGAACUACUGCAUCAGCUCUAUCAAUCACUCUUGGAGCAUUGACCAUUUCCAAUACCCUUUGUACAGCCGCUAGUACAUCUGUUAUUUGUUCAAACCUUCCAACCACAUUGGUUAAUGGGUUGGUUUCAAUUUCUGGUUCAAAUCAAAUUGCAUUUAAAUUUACACCAACUAUCACCACCAGCACACUCUCUGUCACACCACAAAGUACCAUCACUAUCAAUGGUAAUCACUUUGAUGGACUUGUACCAACCUUUGGUGUACCAAUUUCAUGCACUGGUACCUACACUCAACUAGUUUGUACUUUUACGGCAUCGGCUGUUUCAGGACCACUGUAUGUGACACCAACACAAUCAAUCAAUGUUGUGUUCUCACCAUAUGUCACAUCUAUCACCCCUGCUGGUCCAGUCACCACAAGUGGAUCAACUGUAACGAUUCAAGGCGGACACUUUGAAAAUCACUCUGGAUACACCCUUUCAGUGUUGGUUGGAGGAUCGGCUCUUUCAUCAUUUACCAAACUCGAUAUUGGAACAUUGGUUGUUCAAAUUCCAGCUGGAUACGGCACAUCCAAGAUCAUCAACGUUCAAGUAAACUCUAUUGUAUCACCAAACUUUUCGUUCAACUAUGCCUCGCCAACCAUUAUCAGUGUUGUUGUCGAUCAAGGUUUCUCUACCAUUACAGGUACCAACUUUUACUCUGAUUCUGCAAUUAUUGCUGUCACUGUAGGAGCUGCCGCUUGCACAUCUCCAACAUUCUUGACCGCCCACACUACCAUUCUUUGUGUCGCUCCAACAGACCCAACCCUUUCAACCAAUGUUAAAGUUUCUGGUACUCAAUCCAACUCUGUGACACCAACUCUUGCAGCACCAAAAGUAACAUCAGUAUCAUCGACAGUCUCUAUUUUCGGUGGAUUGAUUACCAUUAAUGGUUUCAAUUUCUAUUCAACUGCAUCAGCUGUAUCUGUUAAAGUUGGUGGAAUUGCUUGUUCAUCAGUCUCCAUUGUCGUUGCCAAUACCCAAAUCUCUUGUGUUGCACCAGCUUCAUCAGGUUCAAAGGCUGUUGUCGUCACAGUAUCUACUCGUGUAUCCAACUCUGACGUCCUUGCUGUCUAUCAACCACCUACCAUUUCAUCGGUCACUCAAACUGCAGCAAAUACCAUUUCAAUUGCCGGAAGUGGGUUUGGAACUACUGCAUCAGCUCUAUCGAUCACUCUUGGAGCAUCGACCAUUUCAAAUACACUUUGUACAGCUGCCAGCACAUCUGUUAUUUGUUCGAGUCUCCCAACCACAUUGAUCAAUGGAUUAGUUUCAAUUUCUGGUUCAAAUCAAAUCGCAUUUAAAUUUACACCAAUCAUCACAACCAGCACACUUUCAACAACACCACAAAGUACGAUCACUAUCAAUGGUAAUCACUUUGAUUCACUCACACCAACAUUUGGAGGAUCAUCAAUCACAUGCACUGGUACCUAUACUCAACUAGUUUGUACAUUCUUACCAAAUUCAGUAUCAGGAACAUUAAAUCUCUCACCAUCAGUAUCAACAUUGGUUACAUUUGAUCCAUUUGUACAAUCAAUUAAUCCAUCUGGUACCAUUCCAACAAGUGGGUCAACGGUUAUUGUUCAAGGUGGACAUUUUGAAAACCAUUCUGGUUACACACUCUCGGUAUUACUUGGAGGAUCAACUCCAUUGACAUUUACCAAACUCGAUCUUGAUUCAUUAUCGGUUCAAAUUCCACCAGGAACUGGAACAAAUUUUUAUUUUGUUGUUCAAGUAAACGCCAAGAUUUCAUCACAAGUUGUAUUUAGUUAUUCACUUCCAUCGAUCUCCUAUACCAAGACCUCUGGUAAUCAACUAACCAUUGUUGGAUCAAACUUUGGAAGCCAACUCUCAAUCUCACUUGACAUUGGUAGUAGUACUGCAUCAGUGUCUACUGUCAAUCACAACACCAUUGUAACAACCAUUCCAAACAAUGCACAACAAACUGAUCAAAUAUUGCUUACGGUUGGGGGCCAAUCCACCACCUACUCGUCGGGUAUAACUCUUCACCCCUCGAUCAUUAGUGUUUCUUCCGUUAGAACUUCUGGUGGAGUUAUCACCAUCACUGCUGCCUAUGCCCCUGUAUCGGCCAUUCCACAAUUUUACCUUUUAGGUAGCACCAACACACCUGCCGUGGCAAUUACUUCGACUCAUCCCUACAAGUUUACUUUGACUGCACCAGCUGGGUGUGCCGACCGAUUGGUUUCCCUUUCACUCGGAUCAAGCCCAAUCUCUAGUGUUGGAACCAUCAACUACUUGCAACCAUCCAUCACAUCAGUAUCCAAUCCACCCUUUCAAAGUAUUGCCCCCAUCACCAUCACUGGUGUCAAUUUGCCAGCAAGUGGUAUAUCAUUUAUCUAUGUAUCCGAUAUAAGAUACAUGUGUACCAACAUUCAAUACGUAGGUGAUACUACCAUCACCUGCUCUUUUGAUGGAUUAAACUUGCAUCCUCCCUACCAAACCAUCAGUCCAGUAUACGGUGAUCCACCUAUGACCAUAUAUAUGGUUGGAGCAUGCUCCACAAUCUCUGCCAAUGUGUUCAAGUACCAACCCAUUGCCAUUACCACGGUCAUUCCAAUGUACAACUCCAUCGAGAUUAAAGGUACUGGAUUCAUAUUCAAGGUUACUGGACCAGUUGUCAUGAUAGACAGUCCUACCUCUACACCAUUGACUGGUUGCUCCUAUACCACUACUACUGUUACAUGUGAUAUGACCUACCAAUUAUAUCCCCCUUAUGUAAUCUACCUUGAAGGUGGUCCAUACAGAGCUAUUUAUGAAAAUUAA